AUGGCAUCAUACUAGCUUAAACCAUUCAAAAAACAUAAUAGCAGGAUUUCGAAUAUCAUUAUGAAUAAGGAUGAAGACCAAAUUUAUUCAAGUAGUACUCGUUUAAUUAUCACUGAUAAAAAUUAAUAGUAUAAAUAUUCUUAGACUAUUUUAUAAAAUAUAACAAUCAUUAGAUGUGUGAGUUUGCAAGAAUCUCAAAAUAAGUUUUUAGUAUGUGGGCUUGAUAAAUAAAUAAUUGUUUUGCAAUACUAUCCUAUUGAUUAAAAAUGGAAUAAAAUUCAAAAAAUAAAUUUCAAAGCAAAUGGAGAGAGUUUGUGUUUUGUUAAUGAGAAUCAAUUUGUAGUUUAAUAACAUCAUAAAAACACAAUUUAAUUAUUCGAAUUUAAUUGUUCUAAUUAAUAGUUUGAGAAGUCAAAAGAAAUUACAAUAUAAAAGGGAAUGAACAGUUACAAUUUGGGAUUCUAAGCCUAAUUUUCAUAAGAAAAAAAGAUACUAAUCACUAAAAAUUCUUAAUUUGUGAAUAUAAUUAAAAGAACAGAAAAAAAUGAGUUUAUUUUUAUAUCAUCUAUAAACUUCGACACUUGUUACAUAUUCGGUUCGAUGAGUGAAGAUGGAAAGUACCUGAUAACUUGGGAUUAAAAAUCCUUGUGCGUAUAAUUAUGGGAAUUGAAAGAUACUCAUUUUUGA